CUCAUUAAAUAAAAUAAAAUAAAAUCAGAAAUGUUAGGUUCAUUUCAAACUAAUUUGAGUGAAGGUGUUUUCUUAAUUUCUGUUGCCAAACUCAAUCCCAUUUACUUUAGUGCCUCGAUCAACCCAAAUUAGAGUGACAAAUAGAGAGAGAGAAAACCCAGAAAAUGGAAGAGAGGGAGAACCAACAAGGUGGCAGUGGCGUUCGGCGGCGACCCACGGUGGUCGGAAACGGCGAUCGGCGUGACUGCGUGAGGUGGAGGUGGCAGCUUCCAUUACUGGUGAAAGUGCUUGAUAACUAGGCAAGUGAUUCUAAUUAACCUCAUGGUUUAAUCACCCACUAUCUAUCUCAAAUCUUAAUUGGAUAUACAAAUAACAUUCUCCGUCCCUUCAUAUUUGCACCGCUUUCCUUUUCGGACCGUCCCUUAAUACUUGCACCGCUUCUAUAAAUUAAAAUCUUUACUAAUAUUAUAUUAUUUCAAUAUUUCUCACACUUACCUACUACCCCACCUACAACCCUAUUCCCUACAAAAAAUCAUUUAAAAAUCAACACCCCUCACUCACCACUCCCCACCUCUUACUCAUUUCCCACUAACUAUAUUAAAAAAAUACCAUACUAUCAACAAACAACCAUUAAAUUAAUAAGUCAAUUCAAAUGUUAAACUCCGCACCGGUUACCGCACCGGUUUGACCGGUGCGAGUAUUAAGGGACGGAGGGAGUACUAAUUAAGCUUCUUUUCGAACUGAAAAUCGCAGUUAAUUGUGAUUAUUCCUGUGCUAUGCUUAAUCUUAAAUUAUGCUACUGAAUUGUUUGAGUAGUUGUAGUAACCUUAUAGGGUUUAGUGGUUUAUGUGGUUUUGUUAAGUGUUGCAAUCCAAAUUGGAUGGCUGAGGUUAUACAUUGGCCCGCCAAAUCGGAUGCGGCAAACAAGUUUUGGUGUUUCUUUGAUUUUUGGAGGGAAAGAUGGGUCGUGGCUUGGGGAUUUGUUAUUGCAAAUUAAUUUUCGCCAAAGUAGUAACGCCUUUCGGAAAUGAACCAAUAUAAAUUUGAGUAUAACUGAAUAAAAUUUGAGUGUAACUGAAUAAAAUUUAAGUGCAAAUACAUAAUUUUGGAUGUAAAUUUAUACCCCGUAUAUUCAUAAUUGAAAGUCAAAUCUAUUCAUGAUUAUGUCAUGUGAUUUGCACUAUUAGUAUACUAGUAUGCACACAAUGCGUGCGAAUAUAAGAAACAGAUUCGUGUUAUUACAUUUGAACCUAAAAUAACAUGUAAAAAGUAAUAUAAAUGCGAUGCGUGCGAAUAUAAGAAACAUAGAUAGUGUUGCAACGCAUACAAACAGAUUGAUUAAAUUGGUAAUAAUUUAUUUAAGGGGCUAAAUUGAUUAAAAUGCUUCUUUGGGCUUUCCUAUUGGAUAGGUUGUCAUUAUAUUCUCUAUUCUAUAAGAGUAAUCCAAAGGGACACCAAAAGUGGAUUUACUAAAAUAACCUCAGCUACUCACUUAUAUAAUAAAGAUUACCGUUAUUGAUUUAGAUAAGCCCCCGACCUUAUGAGUGGAGGAUAAAUGAAGAUAUGAUGGGGACUUGAAAAAAAGUUCCUUGGAUAUUUUUUUUCAUUUGCCUUUGAGGCAUGUUGGGAGCCUGAGGUCGCGGAGGCUGCGGUUGUUCGUUUUGGUCUACAAGUUGCAAAAAGAUAUGGUUUCGAAAGAGUAUGGACUAUGGAACUAUGGAUGGAGGGUGAUGCUAGCAACGUAGUUCGUGUGGUGGACAAGCUAGGGACUUGGUGGCUUUUCUCCCAUUUAUUUAAUUUAUGAUGAUAUAAGCAAUCUUUCUAAGCUUUUCGAUAUUUUUGUUAUCUCUCAUGUUAAGAGAGCAGGGGAUACGGUAGCUCAUCCGGUGGCAAGAUGGGAUAUUCGGGUAGUAAUGAACUUUUAUGUAUGAAUGUGAUUCCCCAGAGUGUGUCUACUUUGGGGGACUUCGAUCUUCAAUAAAAUCCCUGCCUAUCUUUUCCUUAAAAAUAAAAAAAGUUAGGCAAAUGCUAACGAACGCCCCGAGACGUUAGAUAAAAAUUAUAAUUUUAUUUGCCAUUAAUUCAAUAAAUAUGGUUCUUUUGCAUACAUUCCUUAUUUAAUACUCGGUUUAUUUAAAAAAUGUAGCUCAAAUAAAUAAAAAUUUUAAAUUAAAAUAUUAUAGGGAGCUACAAGUUAUUGUAGCCCACCAAUGUGAAAAUAUGUAGCUUAAAUUAAUUGUAGCUAAAAAUCUAAUGUGGCAAAAUUAGCCACAACACCUUGAAACUCAGCAUUGGAGUUGCUCUUAUCUAACGCCCCUACUCCCUAGGGCACCCGUUAGCGGGAUUGAAUUAAUAAAUCGAAUUCUCAGAGCAAGAAAGUUAAAAUUAUAAACAAACCCUAAAUCUCCUCCACGUACGUAAAAUAAAAGUAGAAAACUAAUCCCACGUUCACACGGCUUAAUAACUACUCCGAAUCUCAGGAACACUGUAUGAAAUUUCAGGAAAGGAAAAUCAUUGAAUCCAGUGUCAAUAACUAGUCUUCUGCUCUUCUUUUGCUUUUGGGAUUAAACCCUAUAACGAAACGAGUUCAACAACUAAUACAGUGUAGUCUAUUGACUGCUCAAAACCCUACAUUGCACAGGUUUGAUAACUAGUACUCAGUAGUUAAUUAUAAACUGCUUGAAACCAUCGCACGAGUUUGAUAACUAAUAGGCAGAAACCUGUCGAGGAAGACAAAGAGGAAUGACUAGACGACGAGAAAAUGCACCAGUCAAUGAUCAGAAGCCAUGCAAAAGGAGGAAACAUAUACCAGCAAUUUCUGUUGCAAAAAAGCAUAUUGAAGAGAUUAGGAAAAAGAGGUUUGAGAUUGGCGUUCGGAAAAAUCCUCUUAGCCAAACGUUACGAAAGGCUGUCAAAUAUUUAUCUGCUGAACUUUACUCCAAAGAUGUUCAUUUUCUCAUGGAACUUAUUCAGAACGCUGAAGAUAACGAGUACCCAGCAGGAGUUGAUCCAUCCUUGGAGUUCCUGAUAACAUCCCGGGAUAUAACAGCCACAGGGGCUACAGCUACACUGUUGAUUUUUAAUAAUGAGAACGGAUUUACUCCGAAAAAUAUGGAAUCAAUUUGCAAUGUUGGUGAUUCUACCAAGGCUGGUAAUCGCAAAAGUGGUUAUAUUGGAGAAAAAGGUAUUGGAUUCAAAAGUGUGUUUCUGUUAACUUCUCAUCCCUAUAUCUUCAGUAACGGUUAUCAAAUCCGUUUUAGUGAAGCACCGUGUCCGGAAUGUGAUAUUGCCUACAUAGUACCUCAGUGGGUUGAAUAUCCCUCCGUCUCUGAUAUCCAGCAAGUGUAUGGUUGUAAUAAAGCCCUUCCGACUACAGUGCUUAUAUUGCCUUUGAAGCGUGAUAAAGUCAAGCCUGUUAAGGAGCAGCUUUCAAGUCUCCAUCCUGAGCUACUCUUGUUUCUCUCAAAGAUCAAGUGUCUUUCAGUUAAGGAACAUAAUGAGAAUCCAUCCCUUAACACUGUACGAGCUAUUUCUAUUUCUACUGAAAGGGAUUUAGUUGCAAAGAAGGACAUUGAUGCUGAGUCAUAUACAGUUUAUUUGAUGGCAGAAGAAGAAGGCCGUGAUGCUGAAGGGGAAUGUGGCUAUUAUAUGUGGAGGCAGAAGUUUCGUGUCAAGGACGAAAACAAGGUGGAAAAAAGGAUGGAAGUUAAGGAGUGGCCUAUUACAUUGUCCUUUCCAUAUGGCAAGCGUCUGAAUAGAGGUAUGAUAUCUCCAGGAAUCUAUGCAUACCUUCCCACUGAGAUGGUUACAAACUUGCCUUUCAUAAUUCAGGCAGAUUUUCUUCUUCCAUCAUCUCGGGAAACAAUUUUGUGGGAUAACAUAUGGAACCAAGGGAUUCUUGACUGCAUUCCUACUGCUUUUGUCAAUGCAUUUAUCUCUCUUGUCAAAACAAGGGAAGAUGCGCCUGCCGCCUGCGUAGCUUCUAUGUUUAAUUUCCUGCCUGUCAACACCGUGGGCCACCCAAAGCUAGAUGCAAUCAGGGAGUCAAUCAGGGGAAAACUGCUACUGGAAAAUAUUAUUCCAUCUGAAUCACACUCUGACCAGAAAAUAUUCCAUAAGCCUCAAGAAGUUGGCCGGUUGAAUCAUUAUUUUUGGAAGAUAUUGCUGGAGGUAAAGAAGAAAGGGACCAAACUGCACAAUCUUUCAUCCCUAGGAAAGCAUAUAUUGCAUUCUUCUUUCGAUGAAGACAAGUAUAAUGGUGCCCUCACCUUUCUUGGUGUGAAACAUGUUGGCAAGGAGUGGUAUCCAAAGUGCAUCCAGAGUUGUAAUCUUGUCCUGGGCGUAGGGGAUGACAUUUAUAUCAAGUUGCUUCACUUUCUUGCGCGCAACUGGGCAUCUCACUUAUACUUUCAACAUACCACUAUGAGAAGUAUACCCCUGCUGAAGUAUGUAGGCGCUUCAGGGGAUGUAUCUCUUCUAAGCAUUAAUGAAGCAGUUAAUCAAUCUAGUGGUCCAUUUCUGUGUCGAUCCCGGGAUGUACGACAUAUUUCAUGGAUGAUAGACUGGAGCAAAGAAUUUGGAUCAGUGUCAGGACUAUUUUUCUUACCUGAGAAGAUGCAGAAUGGUUGCUUAGGAGUGGAUGGUGUACUGACCUGGUUGAAAGACUUUGUAAAAGUUGUUACCCUUAGUGUCUAUGAUUACGCAUGUCAUCUUCAAAACAAACUCAACAACAGCCGCAGAAUGGUAUUUGCUUAUGCUUAUUUUCUACAUUACUCAUAUUCCAAAGGAUUUUUGAAUGAGCUAGAGGUACAAAACUUAUGUGCUUCAAUGCCACUAGUGAACAGCUAUGGAGGUGUAUCUGUGAAAAGAAAGGGAGUACUAGUUCCUGCCAGUGGGAGCAAAUGGGUGGAUCUAAUAGGUGGUUCCAAUUCUUGGGGGAAUCAAGAUUACGUGGUACUAUCUGAUGAAUAUUUGCAGUUUGCACAAUACGCUGGUUAUUACACUCCCGAAAAGAAGCUGGUGGAGUUUCUCAAAAAUUAUGCCGGUGCUUCUGAUAUUCCUGACAUAUGUCCUCCAGAUGCUGCCUUCCCUACUGUAUCCGGGCCAUUGACAAAAGAAAAUGUUUUCUUGUUAUUGGAUUGGAUUAGGAAAUUAAGAUAUAAGGGAAUUAAAAUGCCUGAUAAGUUUUUGAGCUGCAUUGAAACCGGAAGCUGGUUGAGGGUAACAAUGAGUGGCUCUCCUGUUUACAGACCACCUAAUCAAUCAUUUCUUUCUUGA